AUGGCGCUUGUUCUCGGCUGCCUCCUGCUGCUGGGGCUGUGUGGGAAGACCAUGUCAGCAGAGCCAUCAUCGACAUCAGACCGUUCUAAGAGUUUGAAUUUUCAUUUUCCUGAAGUGAACUAUGAGACGAGUGGCUUCUCCAGCCCAAAGCCCAUGGCAGCUCUCUUUACAAUGGUGGACAACUUUCUCAGUGUGGUCCAGCCCCAUGAGUUCCCUGAAGAUACUGUCAGAAAAAUUGUACAAAAGAAGUUUGACCCCAUGGAGGAUUAUACAGAGCCAGAAAACGUAGUUUUGACUCUGAAGGUGGUCUACUAUGAGAUCGGGCUCCUCUUCUGUGCUGUCCUGGGACUGCUCUUCAUUACUCUGAUGCCUCUGGUGGGCUGCUGCUUCUGCAUGUGUCGCUGCUGUAACCACUGUGGCGGGGAAAUGCAUCAGCGACAGAAGAGAAACGAGCCCUACCUGAGGAGAUCCUUUGCCAUCUCCCUCUUGGUGAUUUGCAUCCUUAUAAGCAUUGGUGUCAUCUAUGGUUUUGUGGCAAACCACUACCUCAGGACCCAGAUCAGACAGUCUCGGAAACUAGCAGACAGCAAUUUCAAAGACUUACGAGUGUUCCUGAAUGGGACUCCAGCGCAAAUGAAGUAUAUAUUGAGCCAGUACAACACCACUAAGGAAAAAGCAUUCUUGGAUCUGGACAAUAUUAAAUCAUUUCUAGGAGAAGGAAUUCAGAACGAAGUAAGACGUAGGGUGAUUGCAGUUCUUGAUGACAUCAAAGACAUGGCAGUAGACAUCAGCGAGAGCAAGUUGGCGCUGGAGAAUAUGAACAGUGCCUUGGAGGAAAUGAAGAAUGGGAUUGUAGUGUUGAACGCCAACCUGAGCACCAUCAAGACCAACUUGGAGAAGUCCCUCAAUAGCUCCACGUGCACUGAAAAGUGGAUGACUGCCAGCUGCAACAGCAUCCUGAAGUCUCUCAGCCAGCUGGAUAGCAACAUGAGCUUUAAUCAGCUCCCUGCUGUGGAUAGAGAACUUCAAAAUGUGAACAAUGUUAUGAAAACAGAUUUGCUCAGCCUGGUUGAAGAGGGCUAUAUCUUCCUUAACCAUAUACCCCAGAUGGUGGAAAACCAAUCCAAGAGCGUCGUAUCACAAGUCAAAAGGGUCUUGGAUUCCUUCGGUGUCAAAAUCUCAAAUAUAACCGCUCAGGUCCCUAUUCAGGACACGUUAAAAAAUUUCACGGUUUAUGUCAAUAAUACCGAAACUUACGUCAACCACAAUUUGGUCACAUUGGAAGAAUAUGAGUCAUAUAGGUGGCUGGGCUCCUUGGCUGUCUGCUGCUUGCUGACCCUCAUCGUGAUUUUCUAUUACCUGGGGUUACUGUGUGGCACUUGCGGCUAUGACACACACGCCACUCCCACCACCAGGGGCUGUGUCUCCAACGCCGGAGGCAUCUUCCUCAUGGCUGGAGUUGGAAUAAGUUUCCUCUUCUGCUGGAUAUUGAUGACUAUCGUGGUUCUUACUUUUGUCAUUGGUGGGAAUGUUGAAAAACUAGUCUGUGAACCUUAUGAAAACAGGAAGUUAUUCCAGAUUUUGGACACACCAUAUUUACUAAAUGAGGAAUGGAAAUAUUAUCUCUCUGGCCUGCUGUUUCAGAAACCAUACAUCAGCCUCACUUUUGAAAAAGUUUACAGUGACUGCAAGGCGAACAAAGGCAUUUAUACCUCACUUCAGCUUGAGAACCGAUUCAAUAUCAGUGCGCAUCUCCAUAUUCAAGAAUACAUCAAAGCCAUAAAAGAUGAAUUUCAACAUCUGAACAUAAGCCUUGGCAAUAUAGUUCUGCUGAAUAGCACAGGCAGAAGCAGCCUUUGGGAUUUCAGUACUUCGGGAAUACAGCAGAUAGACUAUGCAGUUUACCUGGCAGAGCCCGAGGGAAUCUUGAAGAUGUCUCUGUACCUUUAUUCCCAAAAUGUGGAAGCACUGUACCAUCGUGAAGUUAUUCCCUUGGAACAAUCAAUGCAUACUUUACAGCAAAGCAUCAAGAUACUUAGACACAACACCAGAGGACUGAUGAUGAAAGUGAAUGACAUCUUUCUCGCACUGAAUUCUGCCCAGUCCUUCAUCAGACAGGGUGUUCCUGAUAUAAUCAAGACCGAAAGUGCGAAGUAUGCGAGUGUCAUAAUAGGACACUUUAAACAUUACAUCCAGUGGGUCAAACACUCUAUCACUAAGAAAAUGGCAGCCUGCAGCCCUGUGGCCACCGCCUUGGAUUCUCUGGUCGAUGCCUUUCUUUGCAGCUCUAUUGUGGACCCUUUGAAUCUCUUUUGGUUUGGCAUAGGACAGGCGACAGUGUUUUUACUGCCAGCUAUAAUCGUUGCUGUCAAGCUGGCCAAGUACUACCGUCAGAUGGACUCAGAGGAGGUGUACGAUGAGUAAGUAGCUGUGUGUCCACGGAGUAUGGAAAAUGGUAAUAAUGGUUAUCAUAAAGAUCACUUAUAUGGUAUUCACAAUCCCGUAAUGACAAGGUUCCCGCCACGCUGA